AUGUAUAGCAAGUAUUCCCGCCCCGCCACCACCGAGAAGGCCCCCGAGCCCGCCACCAUCAAGCCCACCAAGAAGGCCUCCGAAGCCACCAAUACCAAACCCACCAAAAAGGUUCCCGAGCCCACCACCGCCGAAACCGCCAAGAAGCGGUCCCGCACGUCCCCUGAGGGCGUUGCCCAGCCGGAGCAGGAGGAAGCAGGGCCGAGUUCCCUGGCCCCCGAAGUGCCGCGGCCCUCUCACACCGGCCAAGGUGAUUCGUCUGACGCUUCCCUUGAGUCCGUCGGCUCGGCCUUGAAGGCCCACGACGAGGAGGAAAGGGCACAGACCCGCGAAGAGCGAGAGGAAGUGGAGGGCCAUUGGAAGGAAUUGAGCUAUGGCGCUCACAUCCGAAAUGGUACAUGCACCGUGUACUUCGCGAAGACUGCGCUGGAAGAGGAGGAUGCUGUGGAAGAAACUGUGGGUGCUGUUCCAAUCGCCAGAGCAUCCUACGAAAGUUCGCAAUCGGCCAUUGCACUGUGGAGUGUUCCUGUUGCGAGCGAGCCCGGGGCUUUGAACUCGAUCCUGAGCAGAAGGCACAAAUUCAGGAGACAUUCAAACUCGAACUUGGUGGUCCACAUCCGUGGUAUUAUUGUCGGAUUCGGCUCGCUUCUUUUAUGGGGUUGA